AUGGCUUCAAAUGGCGAAGGGGCAGACGACCUCGCAAACGUAACAGAUCCUCGUGAUACUGAUGUGUUAUGUGGAAGAGGGGGGGCAGCUUUGAGACAUCCGGGAAAUCAAACUUAUCGACGCCUUGUCAAUUUAAACAAAGGACUGUAUAUUACGUGCUUGAAAACAGAGAAACUGAAGAUCAGUCGGUCAAUUGUGGCGGCAAUCAGGGAGCAAAAUGGGCGUUUCUUGGAGCGGGAUGCCAAAAAAGGGACUUGGCUGGACAUUGGUGACAAAAAGGCAAUCGAAAAAACGUCACAAGCUCUUCGUGAAGGACAGCCAAAGCUCAGGAAGCAAAUGGUCGAAUCUGGACAAAUUUCCCAAGAUGGAAGUAUUCGGUUUGAUAAUGGAAAGUACAAUCCCCGGGGUAACCCGGUUUCUGGUGUUCUAAAUGGGAUGCCUGUCUAUGCAAAUGCACCAGUAUAUGCUGUUGGAGGACAAGUCAACAUGCCGCCACCCAUGGCAAGAGCAUCAAGCAAUGAGCCAAUGAAUGCAGAUGGGUUGAUGUCUAGACUGAGUAUAUCCAGUUCAAUUCCAAGUUGGACUCCUAGUAUCGCAUCGGGUGAUACAAAUUCGCUCCGAAUGUCAAGUAUACCGCCAAACUCAAUUCCAAGUUGGACUCCUAGUGUCGCAUCUAUGAGCACUGGAUCCGCAAAACUGUCUUCUAUCCCACCAAAUAAUAUCCCUAGUUGGACGCCCAGUAUAUCUUCCAUGGAGAAUUCUUCGACUAGGUCUAGAAUGCAAGUACGUGGACCAUAUGCUGGGAGCGGUGUAAAUGUUUCGGGUGUCAGUGCGAUGUCCCAAGUGUCAGGUUUGGGCGGAGACAUGAAUUACAGUGGAAUGGAUGUUGAGUUUGACAACACAGGAUACUCAGUGCAACCGAAUAAUCCUUCAUUUCCCCCGCCGCCUCCUCCUCCUCCUCCUGCGAUGUCACCGAUGGUAGCAAGUCCAGGGAUGAGGGCAAGCCCGUUUGAUCGGCGGCGAGUAUUUGCCAAGAUGAAGCACAACAAACCGUCUUCUUCAGUGCGGUCAAAAGAGAGUUUUGAUGGAAUGCCAGAUGUCCAUAUGGUUGAUAGUACUCUCUCUUUAAUGUCAAAUUUCUCAAAUCACGGUGGCUCCAAGAACAAUCAAGAAGGAAUACCAAGUCUAAGUGAUCACUCAAUAGGUGUUGGCAGUCGAAGGUCUCUGAUGUCUGGCUUGUCAAAAAUCAGCGACACGUCGGGGGUUCAAAGUGUAUUCUCUGAUCUAUCGAAGAAAAUAUCAAACUCAUCAUCCAGGUCAAUCGCCAUGAGUGAAUUCAGUGACAUACAAGAGGCGUUCAACGAAGAUUUUGAUGGUUUCAACUUCGAAGCAAAUGCUUGGUACCGCACGUACGACGCUCUUUUUGAUUUCUGCACCAGAAACUGGUACCUAUUUUUAAAAAAUACAAUGAUUGGAUCGAUACAGUACAAGAGAGAGCGUACUAGUGCAUUGAUGUAG